AUGUCGAUCAAACCAAUCAGACAGCAUGGAAGCAUGCAGCUUGAAGGAGAUACUUACAGAAAUAUGCUAGACGAUGAUGAGAACCAAGAACUUUUAGAAAAGAAUUACGAUGGAGAGGUAAGCCCCAAGGUUUGGGUCCCUCUUUCCUUUAUUGUUGGAGUUUGAUAUGCUGGAGGAAAUAUUUGUAUUGCUUAUAUUUCUAAGUAUGGGUUAAAGACAGCUGGGAUGCAAGGUAUAGGAGGCAUUUUCGGAAAUCUAGCUCCUUUGGUUUUUCUAUCUUUUCAAAUCAGAUAUGAAAAAGCACCAGAAAGAUCAGAUAGUGUUGAACAUAGGAAAAAUCCAUGGUACAAAUGGCUCUUUGAUAUCUAUUUGCAUAGAAAAGUAGAUGAAGCUGAGAGAGUUAUUGAAAACCAAUGGGAAUCUAAAAUUCAGUAUAAAAGAGUUUUUAGCUCUGGACUUAUCUUGUUAUUUUGUUUCCUAUCUUAUGGUUCUUUCUUUGCAUCUUAUUAUUGAGCAGUUAUUGGAAAUCUGAAUACAGGAAUUUUGACUUCUUUGACUGCUCUACGUGCUAUACAGACCUCAAUAGCAUUUUAUUUCAUUUUUAACCAAACUAUGAAAUGGUACGAAGUUCUAUGUGUUCUUAUCAUGACUAUUGCCGUUUCUCUAAUAAUGAUUUCUGGAGAUAACAGUAUUGUCAUUAAACACGAGACAGCCCAGUUUUAUAUCAUUCUUAGUUGCAUUUUUGCAAUAAUCUCAGGAUUCUUUGAUGUGAUGAGAACAGCAGUUUUGAAAUACUUCUAUGGAGGUGUGAAAGAAGUUAAUGUGUCUGCCCUCUUUAAUUUCGUUAUGGUCUUCAUGGAAGGAUCGUUUUGUGUAUAUUUCAUAAUUUGUGUAUACCAAGGAUUUGAAUAUGAAACAUUGGAUUUAUAUGUAGGGAUACUCGGAGGAUGUCUCUUCAGCCUCAGCAACUAUCUCUAUUCUUAUGUAAUCGUUAGAGGAAAAGCAGGAGUUGCCAACUGUUUGAUCGAAUCGAAGAAUAUAAUUCAAACUGGGCUGGAUAUAUUGAUAUUUGCCAGAUUCCCUAAUUUGCACCAGUACAUUGGCUUAACCUUGGGCUGCUUCUCGAUCCUGCUCCUAAUAAUUUCCAGUAACUGCAAGCCCAAAUAAAAGUGAACUGACCCAUUCAUAAAAUUAAUACAAAAACUGGUUUG